AUGGGUAUUGAUCCUAUGCCAAUGGGUGGUCCUCCAAUGCCAAUGGGUCCUCCCCCUUCACUUGGAUAUCAUGGUGGCCCAGAGCCUUGUGAUGAUCAUCCCCCAAUGGGCCCACCACCAAUGGGACCUCCUCCUAUGGGACCACCUCCUAUGCCAAUAGGUGGUCCUCCCCCCUCACUUUCACUUGGACACAUUAAUAAUGGUCUGGAACCUUGUGAUGAUCCUCCAAUAGGUGGUCCUCCCCCAAUGGGUCUUAAUCCUAUGCCGAUCGGCGGUCCUCCUAUGCCAAUGGGCCCUCCUCCAAUGGGACCUCCUCCUAUGGGACCUCCCCCUUCUCUCUCACAUGGAUACAUGGAUGGUCUGGAACCUUGCGAAGAUCCUCCAAUGGGACCUCCUCCUAUGGGCGGACCUCCUCCUCCAAUGGGACCACCUCCUCCAAUGGGUGGACCACCUCCUCCAAUGGGUGGACCUCCUCCUCCGAUGGGCGGCUAUCCUCCAAUGGGUGGACCUCCAAUGGGUCUUGACCCUAUGCCAAUAAGCGGACCUCCUAUGCCAAUGGGCGGACCACCUCCGAUGGGUGGACCUCCUCCUCCAAUGGGACCUCCUCCUAUGGGCGGACCACCUCCAAUGGGUGGACCUCCUCCUCCAAUGGGACCUCCUCCGAUGGGCGGACCUCCUCCAAUGGGCGGCCCUCCUCCAUUCAUGCCAGAUCUAUCUAAAGGCGCCAUGGUUCCAACUCCAAUGUUUGACGACUACGGCGGUAUGCCUCCAUUUCCCACACCUAUGGGCGGUCCUCCUCCUAUGGGCGGUCUCCCACCCAUGAUGCCCAGCUACACUGAUAACCAAAUGCCCAUCUUAUCUGGAUCACAGUCGUUGAGAUGCUCUGCCUUUGUUGCUUUGUAUGCAGCCAUAGCUGUUAGUGCAGCUAUAUCCCUGCUUUAA